UCCUGCACAGUGUCCCUUUAAAUUUGUCAACAAUGCAUUGCUGAAUGUAAUGGCAGCAUGUGUGUAUUCAGCGUCCACAUAACAUGCUAAUCUGCAUGGAUUUGGGUUCCCAACAGGGGCCUUAUGAAGGGCAUGACUUCAUCCCCCCCUCAGAGAAGGAAUCAUCAACUGAGGAAGAGGAGGAGGAGGAUGUGGAGAGCACCUGGGAGCUUCGUCAUGCUCCGUCCCUCACAUACCGCUCCCUGGAGACUGGGUCUGCAUCUCUUUGCUCAGGAGACUCCUCCAGCAUCAGACUACCGUCAGUAGGAGAGUCCUUCACAGAAAUCCACCAUCUACCAGAUUUGAGAAUACCUUCAGUGGAGGAGCUAGAGGUUUUCUCUGAGGGGCAGCUGGAGGAAGGCCUGCUACCAAGGCUCUCAGAGCCCGUCUUAGAGGAGACGUCUAGCAAGGCAUCUGUGAGGGACAGGACGACCAUACCAGAGGCCUGGACCACGGACACACACCACGCGGAACCACCCAUACGGAAGAAAAGUGACACCAGCACCUCGCGCAGAUCCUCCUUGCGUCAGACUACAUCAAGCCUCAGUAGAACAAAGACCUCUCAUCAUCCUGCUAGUCCAGAUCCACAGGGGCCUCCAGUUUCACGUUUUGCCAAAAUCCGCAUCAGCACGUCUAAAUCGAAAGCUCAAGUGAAACCUAAAGUGAAGAAAAGUAAAACAAGAACUGGUGCAGGUCCUCCCCCUCCUCACCCCAUUCUUCCUUCUCCUGCCCCUGCUGCUGCUGGUACUGCCCCUGCUACUGCCCCCUCUGCUGCUACUGCCACUACCCCUGGCCCAGCUCUUUCUACUGCCCCUGCUCCUCCUUCUCUUCUUCUUCUUCAUCACCCUCCUCCUCUUCCUCAUGCCCCUCCCUCUGCUCCUGCUCCUGCUCCUCCUCCUCGUCCGGGGACAGCUCCUCCUACCACCGUAGCCUCCAGAAAGCAGCUUACUGGUCCACAGGACGGAGAACAGCCGGACUUUUGGACACAGGGACAGUUUGCCACCUCAAGUAUCACGCCCUCUGAUGAAACGCAGAUUUUGAAUCGGAGGAAAUCAAGUUCCAGAUCAAGUUUGGCAUCAACUAAGCUGGAGAGGAGAGCCAGUCGCAGCCUCAGCAAGCCCAGAGCAGCAGCGGAUUCAGAUACGGCCCCCACGCCAACUCCACAGAGUCCGAGAGCAGGCAGCGUGUCCAGACUGAGGUCCCACCACAAACACAGCGCAUCGAAGGAUAAGAAGGCAGGUAAAAAUGGGAAACGGAAAGCCUCCAAGUCACAGAAAGGGGAGAGGAUGAGGACUACCAGCCGCCUGGACGGACCUCCUGUUGCACACUCACAACAAUCUCAAGUUGGGCUGUGCACAUUAGUGGACCACAGUGAGAGGGCGAAGAAUGUUCCAGCGAGCCAGGCGGACACGAAGAAGAAGAAGCAGAAGCAGAGGAAGAAGAGUUCGAAGUCUCGUCUAACACCGUCUGAUGCUCUAUCAGCUCAGCACGUCACCCAGGAGCAGGGUAAAGAUGGAGGUAGGGAUGCAAAUUAUACAUUAAUUCAUUAUUUUUAG